AUGAGUGUUGUUCAAGAUCAUCAACAACUGGCCCCGCGCAGAUUCCACAUGGGCAAGGGUCCUCCUUCCUCUCCUAAUAAUAAUAGUAAAAGCAAGUCGACAAAAUGGCUGUGGCGUCGAGUAUGGUAUCUCAAAAUGACACUGUUGGCGUUGGUUGUUGGGUACUGUUUUGAAGCCGACUUUAAUUUCAAGUUUCUCAACAAUGAAGUCAUGCCUGCUUUGAAGGGUCAACAAUCGCAACGGUCGGUUUCUGGUACUACUACUGCUCAGAAUGAGAAUAAGAAGAAGGACAAGAUGACUGCCUCUGAUAAGAGACUCAUCAAGCAGCAAAUUAAAAAGAAAAUGGAGAGUGCUGCUGCCAUGGGCAACAAGACGAAAACUGCUGAUGCUGCUGUGGACAAGAAAAAGAAGAGGGCCCUCAGACAACCACCACCACCCCUCAAGCUCAAGGUCCCGUUUGCGAUUCCCACGAGCAAUACUACAACUAGCAGUAUCCCCGAACGGCAAAGGGGUCCGGAAACGCGACAGUUUGGAGGUCAAAGUAUGAACGCCAAGGACAAGGCAAGAGCCAAAGACUUGCUGAGGGCGACCAUGGAACGACACCAGAAGCGGACAAAGCGCACAAUGCCCACCUGGCCGGAACAAGGACUUGCUCCUCUUGGUAAAGGUGGUAAGAAUAAUAGCACCAAGGGCAAGAAGCGACAACCCGUGAGACUCGAAGGACGCACCAACAUUCUUCGCUAUCGACGACAAUAUCUCCUCCAAUUGGCACGACAACAGCAACUGGAAGGCAAGGAACUCAACAUUACGGGAGGCACACUCUUUUUGGGCAACAACACCACCACUGCCGAAAUUCUCAACCAGGAUCCCCAUGCUUGGAAAGGAUACGACAAGAAUCGCCUCAUUACGUUUAUUCAUGUCGGCAAGGCGGGUGGAAUGACCGUCCGAACAUCCACCGUAUUGGUCUGUUUCAAUCAUGCCGCCACCAUCAAGAACAAGAAUUGCACUCUGAAUCGAUUCCCACCUUCGGCCGUAUUGUCCAAUCAAUUGCAAUACGUCUGGCACAUGAAUCUACACGAACACAACUUGUUGGAAAUGAAUCGCAGUACCAGUUUGGUCGUGUCGUUGCGCAAUCCCGUCGAUCGCUACAUUUCCUCGUAUCGCUAUUCCCAUCCCCGCAAUUGUCACAAGGGGCUCGGAUGGAGUUGUCGCAUUCGCAAUGAAACGCAUUUCGAAGGAAAUCCUUCCCACAUGAUGUUCAAUGUCUGUUUUCCACUGCCACACAUGGAAGAGUACGCUCAAAACACAAUGUCUCCCUAUCCGGCCUUUUGGUUCAACAACAACAACAACAAUAUGACUGGGAACAUGACCACGAUGACUGGGAAUACUACUCAAAACAACAACAAUUUCAACAAUUACAGGAAUAGCAACAUGACAAAGGACGAACUCGUGGAGCAUUGUCGCAUGCUGGCUACACGACAAGCGCUUGGCAGAGGACCGGGACGGCCCAAUCCACAUGCCUACUACAAUUAUCGGUGGUACUAUACCCAUUCCGUGAAACGAUUCCAAGACAAGGAAGUCUUUGGCAUUCGGACCGAACAGGAAUUGCAAGAUUUGCGCGCAUUGGAUGUGGCCAUUGGAGGUGCCGGCGAAAUUGGAGGAGAUAUUGUCUCGCACGGGAGUGAAAACUACGCACCGUCGCCGCUCACGCCAGCAGCCUACCAGAAACUCUGUUGUAUGAUGGAAGAAGAUAUUGUGUACUAUGAAAAGUUCCUCCAACUGGUCAUUAACUUGAAUGAAACGGAAAAGAUGCAGGCCAUGGAGAGUGUCAAGACAAAAUGCAAUAUUACUACGACCUGGGAGGAAUGGAGACAAGACUGUCAAGCGCACACUAGGAUGGACAAUCACACGGGACCAGACAAUCCGAAAAAGUACAAUUUCAAGAAAAUGUCGGACUUUUGGCAUCCUCCACCAAAGAAGACUGCGUUGUCAAAGGCGGAGGUUGCCGAACGAAUUGUCAAGAAAAUGAAACGACUUCGGUACCGGACCAUCACAUUGGUGCCGAUUGCCAGCAGUCCCAUGACGCGUCGAUACACCAGCUUGUAUUGUCAAGAUCGAAUGCACAAGCAGUCCUUUGAGAGCUGCAUGGACAAGACAUUCCCCUCCAAUCUCACCAUUGCCCAUCAAGUGCAACAUUCCUUCCACAUGCACUUGACCAAAACAAAGCGAGACUACUUGCGCAGCAGUACAAGCAUCUUGGUGACGUUGCAGAAUCCGGUCGAUCGAGUGAUUACAGCCUGGUCGGGCAGUCAUCCGGCACAUUGCGAUCCCAAAAACCAACGUACUUGGAGUUGUCGACUCAAGGCAGCCGCCAAAGUAAAGGGAUUCGAAGAACACGACCUCUUUGAGGUUUGCUUUCCCAAAGCGUCCAUGGAAGACUUUGCACAGAGUACCAUGUCACCGUACCAACCAAUCUCGGGAUUGACGCCCGAACAGCAAUCCGCGUGUCGCGAUUUGGCGUUUGGAACCGCUACGGGGUAUUCGGAAACAUCCAGUACUUCGGGCAAGUACAAGGCAAUGCCUGCCAUGUACUUUAAUUAUUGGUACUACCUCGAGAGAACUUUGCGUGCAUAUCCAAAGACAGAGUUCUUUGGUAUUCGUCAAGAGAGAGAAUGGAAGGAUUUGCGGAGAUUGAACAUGUUCUUGGGGUUCAAGGGAGAUGAUGCCAACAUGGCUGGAAUGCCAGAACCAAAACCAACUCCUCUGGAUCCAGAAAUCUCUGCCCUUAGUACAAUGGCGUACCGAAAGUUGUGUUGCGUUUUGUCGGAGGAAAUUUGGCAUUACCGCGAGAUGCUCCGAGCUACCAUCAACUUGUCCAACGUGCAGCCGACCAUGGAAAAUGUACGACAUAAGUGUGGCAUCAUAACCUCAUGGGGCAGUUGGAGGGCCGAGUGCCGACACCACCUGGAAAACGACAAUUUGGAGCGACAAUCACGGGCGGAGGAGCUUUCACCAAAGCCAGGCAAGGUGCACACCACGACGGGACGUGUGACGAAACCACGAACGGUGGAAAAGGCGACAAAUAAUAAGUUGGCAUAA